AUUGCGGUGUCGCCGGUGACGUGGCGGGGCGGGCGGCUCGCGCAGGAAGCGGGGCGGGGGGCGCGGCCUCGGCCGCCGGUCACGACGUCGCCGCCGCCGCCAUGCGCCGCUGAGGCGGGCGCUGGCCGGGCCUCGCCAUGGGGGUGCUGUCGCUUAACGGCAGCCUCGGCUUCAGCGACAGCUCUCCGCAGCCGGGCGGGGGUGCGGCGGCGGGGCCGGGAGACCGCGGUUGCGAGAACGGGGCCCUCAUGGACAGCUUCGGCAUCUUCCUGCAGGGGCUCCUGGGCGUCGUGGCCUUCAGCACCCUCAUGCUAAAACGCUUCAGAGAACCAAAGCAUGAAAGACGUCCCUGGAGGAUAUGGUUUUUAGAUACUUCCAAGCAAGCCAUAGGGAUGUUGUUCAUCCACUUCGCAAAUGUCUAUUUAUCAGACCUUACAGAAGAAGACCCCUGUUCACUGUACCUUAUCAACUUCUUGUUGGAUGCCACAUUAGGGAUGCUGUUAAUCUACAUUGGUAUACGUGCAGUCAGCAGCAUUGUGGAGUGGCAGCAGUGGGAGUCCCUUCGCUUUGGUGAAUAUGGUGACCCACUGCAGUGCAGUGCUUGGGUGGGCCAGUGUGCUCUGUACAUAAUGAUUAUGAUAUUUGAGAAAACCAUCAUCAUUAUAGUGCUGCUUAUACCUCAGUGGAAAGAGGUAGCUUUAUUGAACCCUAUAGAGAACCCCCAGUUGGAGCUGGCUAUCGUCAUGCUGAUAGUUCCCUUCUUUGUUAAUGCAUUAAUGUUCUGGGUAGUAGAUAAUUUUCUUAUGAAGAAAGGCAAGACAAAAGCUAAACUUGAAGAAAAGGAAGCAGGACAAGAUUCAAGAAAUGGAAGUAAAGUCCGAUACAGGAGAGCAGCAUCACAUGAAGAGUCAGAGUCAGAAAUCCUUAUUUCAGCAGAUGAUGAGAUGGAGGAAUCAGAUGCUGAAGAGGACUUGCGUAGACUGACCAACUUAAAACCCAUUAAAAAGAAGAAGCAUCGUUUUGGUCUGCCUGCACAAGCACAAUUUACCCCUGUGAAAAAGAAGCGUCCUCCAAUGAAGGAAGAAGACCUCAAAGGAGCCAGAGGAAACCUUUCCAAAAACCAGGAAAUUAAAUCCAAAACCUACCAAGUGAUGAAGCAGUGUGAACAAAUGGGCUCUGCAGCACCUUCCAUAUUCAGCCGGGAUCGGACAGGGGGUGAAACAGUCUUUGAGAAACCGAAAGAGCCGGCCAAGAGCGUCUUUGGCUGAUGGUGGAGCUGGAUGUGUCUCACUUGGAUGAUUGUUGUAACAUUUUCCCACAUUUCUGCCCCUCACACUAAAGUCACUGUAGACCUAAGUAGCUAAUUUCUACUGUAAGUCAUUAAGUAGGGAAUAGACUCGUGUCAAAGGCUACAACUUCCAUAUUUUUAUUAUGUGCUUUCUAUGUAUUAAGUGGUGUUUGCUAUAAUGGUUUAAUAAAAAAAAGUUGUUGGACACAA